AUGCUGCGAUACUUCCUCUACACCAUCAUGCUGCGAUACUCCCUCUCCACCAUCAUGCUACGAUACUCCCUCUCCACCAUCAUGCUGCGAUACUUCCUCUACACCAUCAUGCUGCGAUACUCCCUCUACACCAUCAUGCUACGAUACUUCCUCUACACCAUCAUGCUACGAUACUUCCCCUACACCAUCAUGCUGCGAUACUCCCUCUACACCAUCAUGCUGCGAUACUUCCUCUACACCAUCAUGCUACGAUACUUCCUCUACACCAUCAUGCUGCGAUACUCCCUCUCCACCAUCAUGCUGCGAUACUCCCUCUCCACCAUCUUGCUGCGAUACUUCCUCUCCACCAUCAUGCUGCGAUACUCCCUCUCCACCAUCAUGCUGCGAUACUUCCUCAACACCAUCAUGCUGCGAUACUCCCUCUCCACCAUCAUGCUGCGAUACUCCCUCUCCACCAUCAUGCUGCGAUACUCCCUCUCCACCAUCAUGCUGCGAUACUCCCUCUCCACCAUCAUGCUGCGAUACUUCCUCUACACCAUCAUGCUACGAUACUUCCUCUACACCAUCAUGCUGCGAUACUCCCUCUACACCAUCAUGCUGCGAUACUUCCUCUACACCAUCAUGCUACGAUACUUCCUCUCCACCAUCAUGCUGCGAUACGUCCUCUACACCAUCAUGCUACGAUACUUCCUCUACACCAUCAUGCUGCGAUACUUCCUCUACACCAUCAUGCUGCGAUACUCCCUCUACACCAUCAUGCUGCGAUACUUCCUCAACACCAUCAUGCUGCGAUACUUCCUCAACACCAUCAUGCUGCGAUACUUCCUCAACACCAUCAUGCUGCGAUACUCCCUCUCCACCAUCAUGCUGCGAUACUUCCUCAACACCAUCAUGCUGCGAUACUCCCUCUACACCAUCAUGCUGCGAUACUUCCUCAACACCAUCAUGCUGCGAUACUCCCUCUCCACCAUCAUGCUGCGAUACUUCCUCUACACCAUCAUGCUGCGAUACUCCCUCUCCACCAUCAUGCUGCGAUACUUCCUCAACACCAUCAUGCUGCGAUACUCCCUCUCCACCAUCAUGCUGCGAUACUUCCUCUCCACCAUCAUGCUACGAUACUUCCUCAACACCAUCAUGCUGCGAUACUUCCUCUACACCAUCAUGCUGCGAUACUUCCUCUACACCAUCAUGCUGCGAUACUUCCUCAACACCAUCAUGCUGCGAUACUCCCUCUCCACCAUCAUGCUGCCAUACUUCCUCUACACCAUCAUGCUGCGAUACUUCCUCUACACCAUCAUGCUGCGAUACUUCCUCUCCACCAUCAUGCUGCGAUACUUCCUCUACACCAUCAUGCUACGAUACUUCCUCUACACCAUCAUGCUGCGAUACUCCCUCUCCACCAUCAUGCUGCGAUACUCCCUCUCCACCAUCAUGCUGCGAUACUUCCUCUACACCAUCAUGCUGCGAUACUUCCUCUACACCAUCAUGCUACGAUACUUCCUCUACACCAUCAUGCUGCGAUACUCCCUCUCCACCAUCAUGCUGCGAUACUCCCUCUCCACCAUCAUGCUGCGAUACUUCCUCUACACCAUCAUGCUACGAUACUUCCUCUACACCAUCAUGCUACGAUACUUCCUCAACACCAUCAUGCUACGAUACUUCCUCUCCACCAUCAUGCUACGAUACUUCCUCAACACCAUCAUGCUGCGAUACUUCCUCAACACCAUCAUGCUACGAUACUUCCCCUACACCAUCACAACCUGGAGUCAGAGGUGUGGAGAGCUCCACCACGGACCCCGACCCGGUCCCGAGAGCGCCACACGCCAGGAGCCUGGUGUGCCCCGGUGA